ACUAUUUUGUAUGAUAUAAAGAAAGACAUUAUUUCGCCGUGACCGAUGUGAUUCCAAUGGCGAAGAAGGUUUACCCUGCGGCAGAGGCCUCAUGUUCUGGAAAAUACACAGUUUGGAUGAAAUCGCUUGUGUUCCACUCUAACGGCUGCACUGUGUAUGAUUCAAAUGGUGACAUCGUUUACCGCGUUGAUAACUAUGACAAAAAGGGAGCAACUCAAGUUAACCUUAUGGAUCUACGAGGCACACUUGUCUGUUCCAUUCACAAGAAAUUACUUGCUUUUGGACGAUGGGAUGUUUAUAGAUGCAAUGGUUCUGAUUCCGAUUAUACAAGGCAGCAACAGAAAACGAAGAAGAAGCCAUGGUUUGAAGUGAAAACAAGUUAUAAGAUGAUGAUUACGGGAAGAGUAGCCAGUUGCCAAGUCACUACUAUAGGCUGCCAAAAAUAUUGCAUACACAGAAUCUGUAGCAAAACAUCAGGGUUUAUGAUCUUCAAUAUGAAGAACGGACACAUAGUCGCAAAUGCAAAGCAAAAGCAGACAUGUUCAGGGAUAUUACUGGGGAAGGAUGUUCUAAGGUUGGAUGUGGAAGGAGACAUAGAUCACUCUCUUAUAAUGGCCUUUGUCACUGUAUUUGCUCUAGUCUGCGGCUCAAUCUAAUCAAGUAUGUAAUUCAAUCAAAAGAAACAUAAAUAUAUAGUUACAAUAAAAGAAAAGUGGUGAUUGUACAUUAUAGUAUGUAAGCGAG